CUUGCCAAACGGAUAAUAUUCGAUCGAAUAGAAGACUAAACUUCUCACUCGCUGCGUCUCUAUUUUCGGUGUGUUUAUUUUUAUUCGUUCGCCCAACGUGCUUCUGUCUGCGUGUGCAUUUCGAGUUGGAUCACAACCGUUAGCGCAACACAAACACCCAGAGAGACAUAGAGAUAUUAUAUUAUUAUUUUUUUUCGCCCAAUUCCGUUUUUUCCAUUCACUUUACACAAUUUCUUAGUUUGUUUCUUUCCGUUGAGUUUUUCACCUCAACCGAUUUCACAAAAGCAAACAGUUUUCAGUUCUUUUUCUCGGUCGAAACUUCUUAAACCGCUAAAUGAAAAUUGUUUGUGUUUAAUACGUUGAAUUGCACAAAUUCGGUUUCAUCAUCAAAGGACAAGUUUCAGUUUUCUGUUCGAACUAACAUGAAUGAAUGAUAACAUCGGCAUCGAUGAAAUUGUACGGUGUGUUCUUGUGAUAUGUGAUAAGUUUUGUGCAUCAUAAACAAUUCGUACAAAGUGGCUGCUAUUGAAGAACAACAAACGAUGAUCGCACUGUUCUACGCAAUUCUGUUCGGCAAAUGAUCGGGCAAUGUUGGAAAUAUUCUCAAUCGAAAAGUGAAUUAUGUGAAAAUUGCAAAGUUUCUAUGACAUUUGAAACCAAUUUGUAUAGCGCAAGUGGUCAAAAGUAUACCAUGAAAAGUCGACGGUGUGCAAAACUUUGUUCGAGUAAAUAAAACAACAAAAAAAAUUCAACGACUCAAUUCAUUUAGUGCAAAGAAAAAAAAAACACAAUUGAAACAAGUUCUAGUGCGCUCCAUUGCGAAAACGGUGAUAAGCCAAGCGAAAAAAAAAAAAUAAAUAAACAUAGAGGCCAAUCAAUCGAAACUAAUAAAAGAAAUACAUUUGUGAAUUACGAUUACAAAAUAGCGCCGAACAUAGUCAAUCUGGCGGUCGCUCGACCUUCCAUGGCAGUCGGUAGAGGAACAGGAGGUCUUAGUCCUCCUGUACCAUUGCAAACGACACCAACGAAUCCAGUCGCGGCAUCUGCCACACAUUUAAAUCAUCAUGUGGCUGCAGUAGCUGCAGCCGCCGCCGCUGGACAUCAUCCGCAUCCGAUUUUAGCACCAAGCCCAUUAUUUGCAUUGCCAACGCUAAAUUUUACGGCAUCACAAGUGGCGACCGUGUGUGAAACGCUCGAAGAAUCGGGCGAUAUCGAGCGUUUGGCCCGAUUUCUAUGGAGUUUACCGGUUUCGUUUCCAAAUUUACGCGAACUAGAGCACUCGGAAGCGGUGCUCCGAGCCAGAGCCAUUGUCGCCUAUCACACUGGCCAAUUUCGUGAACUGUACACAAUUCUCGAACGGCAUAAGUUCACAAAGCAUUCGCAUGGGAAAUUGCAGGCAAUGUGGCUGGAGGCACACUAUCAUGAGGCGGAAAAAUUGCGUGGACGACCAUUAGAUUGGUCAAAUUCCGUUGUUCCAGGUCCCGUCGAUAAGUAUCGUGUGCGAAAGAAGUUUCCGUUGCCACGCACCAUCUGGGAUGGUGAACAGAAGACACACUGUUUUAAGGAGCGAACACGUAGCCUGCUGCGUGAAUGGUACCUGCAAGAUCCGUAUCCAAAUCCAACGAAAAAACGUGAACUAGCCCAAGCCACGGGUUUGACACCUACACAGGUUGGCAAUUGGUUCAAGAACCGAAGGCAACGUGAUCGAGCUGCUGCUGCUAAAAACAGAAUGAAUCAGCCGCUGUCUGGAUCUGGUGGCGGAUCACUACGUUCACGUCAAACCGACAACGCAUCACCAACACCGUCAGAUGAUUCUGAUUCGGAUAUUUCGCUGGGAACACAUUCGCCCGUUCCGAGCAGCUUAUCACUUCAACACAGUCCAGGUUCAACGUCUGGCGGCGGCAACGAUGAUCGCUUGAUGCACGAUGAUUUGCAACGUGAUCGUGAAAAAGAUUUUCGUACCUUUUCACUGGGUGGAUUCUCGUUCGAUGCACAUUCGCCUGCUAUGGCUGGUGCAUUUAGUCGCUUUUUACCCACGUUGCCUUAUCCAUUUGUUGGCGGUGAUAAUUCGCCUCCGAUUAGCACGCAUUCACCUCCAGCAGCAAUUGCAAUGACAAACAUUGGAAACGGCAAUCGAAUCCCGUUGAGUGCCCGUGACUCUCGCGACUCAAUCGACUACAUGAACACACCAACGGUAGUUAGACCGCAACCACAAUUACCAUCGUCAGCAGCUACCAUUGCCGCCGGUCAUUUACCAAAUGGUACACCGGCAACACUGUCUCCACUACGGAUACGCGUCAGCUCUCCGAAUCGCAUCAAUUCAGAUUUAACAUCGGGUUUAGGCUCAGGAACGACACCCACAAUGCCCACACAUCGUACAAAUGGAAUUGUUCGAAUAGUCGGCGGCAAUAAUACAUCAAGUACAAUACGAAAUCCAACGUCUGGCGCACCGACGUUGCAUCGACCAUUCUCACCGUCGCCACAGCCCAAAGACACGUGAUGUGAGGUGAUUUCGCAAUAAAUCAAAUAAGAAAUCGCUCGGUUUUUUUCAUUGGUUCAAACCAUUUUGGCAAUUGAUUCAUCAACGACACAAACAAACAAAGUAUUUACGUUUCGAAAGAAAUUAAAAACAACAAAAAUCUCCGAUUGUGUUUUCAAAUGCAUGCGCACGUUUCAAUGAACAACAAUAACACAAAAUGCAUUCAAAUUCGUUGAAGUUUGGCAAAAAUGCAUACAAACUACAGCUAUGCGCACCAAAUCGGAAGCAUCGGAAGGACUUAGUAUAAUAAUUUUUAGUAUGUUAUUAGUGCGACACAGGAAAAACAAACAAACGAUUAAAUUUAAAAUUUAAUUAUUGCAAGUAUACAGGCAUGGCAGAACAUGAUAAAUGAAACAAAAAAAAGACGUAUGAAUUUAAAAGAGCAGAAAAAAAGCAACAAUUUAUGCAUUCUAUUCAUUAUAUUUAAGAAGCAACAUAUGACGUGGAGGAGAAACCUAGCAACGUGAUUCUUGAAUCGAUCAAAGCGCAUUUCGGGCAAAGAACAUACAAGACAAUCGACGAGAUGACAGACAGAAAAAGAGAAAGAUAGAGAGAAAACAUAGUUUUUAAGAUUGUUUUAAUGGAAGUAAUAGAAGAUAAAAAAGAGAAUUAUGUGAGAAAGAGCAUUUUGGCUGCCGCAAUAUGAGCGUAGAUGCCUUUUGUGCAUCUGCCAUUUUGGCAACGAGCAAUACAAAAUUUAAAAAAAAAAAGAGAAAAAAAUCGAUUCAUUUUUAACAAAAAAAAAAUUAAAUAAAUAAAUAUAUUUCACUCUGUUUCUUAAUUGGCAUAAGUAAAUUGAUAUGAAAAUUUAGCAAAAUUUGUUUCAUUUUUUUCCCUCGUUUUUGUGCAACUGUGAGUUCAUUGUGUGUGUGUGUGUGUGUUCGACAUGAAGCUAAACUGAUGGUGGUGGACAAUAAAACCGCAAAUUUUAAUGAAAUAACCCCCCCUCUCAUUUUCAGAACAUCGGUUUAAUGGCAAUGUCAUCACGAUUGGAAGAAUACGCAACACUAUUUUCGUUCAGCAAUAGUGUAAUUGCAUCGUUCAAUCGUUGUGUUGCUGUAGUACCAAAACGAAGAAAAAUCACUACACAAAUUUCUAUCUUUUGUGCUCUCGAGCCCAUUUUCCAUUGUGAUUUGUCGUGUCUUUUGUCCACACAAUAAAAUAAUCACAUGCUUUCUCAGUUCUUUGUGGUUUUCAUGUCUCUUUUUCGCUUCUUCAGUUCAUUGGUUUGUUUGGAAAUUCAUUAAUGCUUAGCAAACUUGCAGAGUCACUUUUCACACUCACAAACAAACACAUUUUCAACUUUCAAAUGGAAAUUUCUCUGCUGAACUAUUUCAUUUUUAGUUUCGAAUGAAAGAAAAACCAGCAUUUCAGUAAGUAAUUCACGUUCCCUCGAAAUAUCUCUAAACGAAUUCUUCACAAAAUACACACACAAAUGUUUAAGGAAAAUUUGACACACACAAAAAAAACCUACUAAUGAAUUUUCAUUUUACUGCAUUCAAAACAACAACAAAACAAAACACAAAGUAUGUUACUCUUGUAUCAAUUAUAAAUAUAUUACUAUAUAUUAUACAAAUAACUGGUAAAAAUGAUUGAAAUCAUGUAAAUAAUGUCACGCCAGUCUGUUGUCGUGAUGACGAAUUAAAAAAAAAAAAAAGAAGUUGUAUUGAGAGCUCUAGAAUUCUAUGACAAUGUCAAAUAUUAAAAAAAAAAAACAAGCUAAAAAUUAGUAACAGAAAAAAACAACAACUUACAACUAGACAUUUAAGCAAGACUCAUGUGUGUUUCAAAUAGUUACAGCAACAACAAAAAUUGAAAUAUGUCAAAGAGAAAAACUGUCGCAGGCACAGUGAAAUGAAAAUAACUGAAAUAUAUAUGUAUAUA